AUGGGUGUCAGUCCCUCCCGCGCCGACGAGGUGCUGCUGCGGCCGAGCGGGGCUCAGCUGACCGUGGAGUACCUGGAGGAGAACAGCUUCAGUGCAGACAGGGUGGUGCCCGUGCUCGAUGUGUGUCGCCAGGCCGAGCUCCGCAUGCCCCUGGCCGAGUUCGUGUCUUACCUGGGGGGGCCCCGGCGCGAGCGCGUCCUCAGCGUCACCGGCCUCGAGUUCUCGGACACGCGCCUGUCCAACCUGGUGCAGACCCCUCGGAUCGUGAGGAAACUCUCGUGGGUGGAGAAUCUGUGGCCGGGGGAGUCGGCUCGGGAGAGGCCGAGCGUGCAGAAAUUCUGCCUGAUGGGGGCCAGGGACAGCUACAGCGACUUCCACAUCGACUGUGGGGGCACCUCGGCCUGGCACCACGUGCUCCGGGGUGAGCAGAUCUUUUACCUGGCUCGUCCCUCUGCCGCCAACCUGGCUCUGUUCGAGGCCUGGAGCAGCUCCCGGAACCAGCCCGAGCUUUUCUUUGGGGACCAGGUGGAUCGGUGCUUCCGGUGCCACCUGCGCCAGGGCCAGACCCUC